UGAUUUCACCAUUGUUUUAACCAUUUUUGUCAAUAUGUUACUGCUGGCAGUAAACAAGAAUUUCGUAGCAGCAGAUUACUUGUUUACAGUCAUAUACUCAGUGGAAAUGAUUAUUAAGGUGCUGGCUCAAGGAUUUGUCUUUCACAAAUUUGCAUACCUAAAAAAUGCAUGGAACUGGUUGGACUUCACAGUAAUCCUACUAGCCUACCUGACCCUGGCGUUCCCUUUUCUACCCGGACUGUCAGCUCUGAGAGCUUUCAGAGCGAUGAAGAUGAUAGCAAUCCUUCCAGGACUGAAGACCAUUAUUAGUGUUAUUUUUAAAUCAGCCAAACUCUUGCUGGAAGUUUUGCUUCUCAUGCUCUUCGCAUUGCUAGUGAUCGCUCUGUUUGGACUGCAGCUGUUCAAAGGGGCUCUUAGACACAAGUGCAUUCUCAACGUUGACGCCAACUUCAAUUUAUCUGAUGAAGACUGGGAUAUCUUCAUCCACAAUACAUGUAAUUACUUUUGCUUUUAA